AUGAGGUCUCCCUCGCCGGAAGUGACGCCCGCCAUGACGCGGAGCGCGCUGCUCGGGACGUGCGGGAUCCCCGCGGACGCCCCCGUGAAGCACCUGUUCCGCAUGCACGCCGACGAGGCCGCGGCGGACCUGCCCGUGCUCAGCAGCGCCCAGCUGGCCACGCCCAUGGGCCUGAGCGAGGACGGCGGGCACGACAUGGACCUCGACGCCGAGGUCCCUGACCUGGGCGUGCAGCGCGAGCCCGCGGCCGCUGCUCCCGCGGCCGCGAGCGGCUUCCUUCCGGAGCCAGACCAGAAGCCACUGAUCAAGCCCCUGCUGCGCUUCAGGCAGGAAGUGGCGCGCUGCGCGCUCACCGCGGCCGGGCGGGCGGAGUGGCGGCGCGUGCGGCACUUGUCGGACGAAGUGCUCGCCGUAGACCAUCCGUGGGCGCUCGAAGUCAAGCUCCUGUUGAGGAGACACGGCCGGGAGGACUUCGCGUCGGACCCCUGGGACCCUGACUCGACUGACAGCAGCGAUUCCGUGCCGCCGCUGCUCGAGUGCGCCACGUGGCCCACCGUGGUCUGGCGGGCGCUCGCGGCGUUCCGCGGGCUCGAGGACCGCAUCACGGCGGACCGGACGCCGGUUGCCGCGGCGCUGGUCGGACCCGGGCGGCCAAUACCCCCCCCUCCAGAGCCGACGGCGCCGCGGCGCCGGAAGCCGAGGAGCGAGGGCCGCGUGUUCCAGCUGCCCGACCGCACGAUCGAGGUCCGCGACGGCAGGUGCAUCACCACGCUCCUGGCCGAGGGCGACGCCGCGACUGCCGGCGCGGCGGCGACAGACACACCGUACGUCAGCAAGGGGGGGGGGUUCCGGGGCCAGCGGGGGCGCGGCGGGCGCGGCGGACGCGGCGGGCGUGGACGCAAGCGCGACCGAAGUACGCCGGCGAGCGGCAGGGACACGGCCGCGAAGGGCGCGCCGGGCGGCGGCGACAUCGCUGUGCAGCUCCUUCAGGUGGCCGGCAGCCCCGAUCGCACCGGCCGGACGCCCAAGUACGCCGGGGGCAUCGCGCGGUACUUCGCACGGGCUGCGGACCUCGCGGACCGCGCGUGCGGGGCCGCGCGGCCGGUGAAGCAGGAGGGCGCGGACGCGAACGCUCCAUGCCCGACAGCGGCGACGCCGAGCGAGCACACGGCGGGCCGCGCCGCCGUAGGGUCAGCACAGGCGCCGUCGUCGGUGCCGACGUCGGCGCCCACCGCGCCGGCCGCUCCGAUCGUGGUGAGCAGCGACAGCGACAGCGAAAGCGGCGCUGCGCUUGCUGCGGUGAAAGAGGAGGACGCGAACCCGGGACCUGCGGCUUCGGCGCCGCCCGCGACGGUGCGCCUUCCCACGCGCGCUAUCGCGCCCUGGCAGCGCGGCAGCAGCCCGGUGCCUGCCGCCGCGCCUCCGCGGGACACGCCACCGCCGUGGGCCGUGCCUGCGGCGCCGCGCACCGCGCCAUGGGCCGCCGCGGCGGGCCCGCCCGACGCCGAGAUGGCGGACGCCGGCACGGUGCAAGUGAAGCGGGAGGACGCCGCAGCGGCGGGACCGGGUCGUGCGGCGCUGGGCGGGGGACCGGCGGGCGGCAUGGAGAUUGAUGGCGACGUGACGUGUCGCGGGGAGCGCGACGGUGCGGCCGGGACGGCGACGGAUGGGGAGGUCGUCGGGGCGGCUGCUAAGGUCGAGGAUGAUCUGGAGGAGCCGCCGCCGUGGGUCCACAUCAAGUUCCACCCGGGGGACUCAGGGCCUGACACGUUCAUGAUCGACGGGUUCUCGCCGUCAUACCGCGCGGACAAGGACGUCAAGUGGAUCUUGACGCACUUCCACACGGACCACUACGGCGGCCUGGAAGACACCUGGAACAAGGGCACGAUCUACUGCACGCCGCCCACGGCCUCGAUCCUCGCCUCGCGCGUCGGCGGCGUCGCGCUCCCCGCGGACCGCAUCACCCCCGUCCCCUUCGACACCCCCACCGCGGUCGACGCGCGCACCACCCUCACCUUCAUCGACGCCAACCACUGCCCCGGCGCGGCCAUGGUCCUGCUCGAGCGCGACGGCUGCGACCCGAUCCUCCACACCGGCGACAUCCGCUUCACGCGGGCGUUCUGCGACAGCCCGCACCUGCAGCGCGCCGUGGGCCGGUGCCGCGUGGUGCUCGACACCACGUUCUGCGACCCGUCGUGGCAGCACCCGCCGCAGGACGACGUCGUCGAGUUCGUCGCCGACGCCGUCCGCGCCGAGUCGUUCAACGGCGUCGGCUGCGGGACGCUGUUCGUCGUGGGGUGUUACCGCAUUGGGAAGGAGCGGCUGUACAUGGGCGUGGCGCGGGCGCUCGGGAUGAAGGUGUACGUGCAGCACGCGCGGUACGAGGUGCUGUCGCACAUGCAGCUCCCGGAGUCGGACAUGGCGCUCCUGACCACCAACCCCGACGAGAGCAACCUGCACGUAAUGCCCAUGGGCAUGAUCAACAAGAACGGGCUCCUCUCGCUGCUGCGCGUGCCGGCGAACCAGGCGCGGUACCACACCGUCGUGGGCUUCAAGCCGACCGGGUGGUCCACGGCGCCGGAGGGGGGGUUCCGAGGUAGAAUGCCCAAGUACGCCGGGCGCAGGGCGCAGGCGCGCGGCACCGCGCUGAUCCACGAGGUGCCCUACUCGGAGCACUCGUCGUACAUGGAGCUGCGGGAGUUCAUCAAGUGGCUGCGGCCGCGGGCGAUCGUGCCGCACGUGGCCAACGACUCCAGGGAGGGCGGCGAGGGCGUCCGGCGGCAGCUGCUGCUGCUCGGGAUGUCCAACUACGACCCGGUGCUCGGCGGGGCGGUCCGCGAGGGGCCGUGA